AUGCACAGCAGAGAUGGUGAGCUGGGUGCUGUGUGCCAUGUGGCCAAUGCGGUGCACACAUGUAGCAACUGUGCUGCCAGCUGUGCAACGAAGGAGGAAGGGGCCACCGUUGCCUCCACGAUGAAUGUGACGGCACAUAAAUACGCCGGCCCUUAUGAAUUGUGGCGGCGUCAAUUUUCUCCGAUGGAACCAUCCAUCCGCCUGCACGGAGCGGCGAUGCUGACCGUACGGGCAUCUGUCAGUUGCCGCCACCCCGUGAAGGGAAGGAUGACACAAAAUCUGGUGAGACAACUGCGCCGCAAGUUAAUGCUGAGCCGUCACUUCAAAACGAGGAUUGGCGACAGUCUGCGGCGGCUGACGGACCCAACACCGUCGAUCGGAUUCCUGCAUCCAACACGGCGACCAACACGUCUAGGAAAAAGCCUCGCAUUGCAACCGAUCCGAACGAAAACGUGGCUCCAACACCAUCCAAGAGGAAGCCUAGCAUUGCCAUGA